UGGUUAUAAGUGUUUUCGACCUCCUCUUUAUUUACAAAUCAAUUGCACUUAGAUACUCAUGUAAAAUAAAUAAAUACAAGUUAAAAAGUCUUGGUUUCUGUAAUCCAAACAUUGUAAAAUGCCAUCAUUAGUUUAAUGUUUCGUCCUGGAAAAUCUUCGAAAUUAUAAAAACGAUAUGCAUUGAUAUUGCAUUCUAUUGCAUUCAUCAUGAAUAUUUAAGUGGAGCAAUGAUUCCUAUUUGAAUUGCAAAUCAUCGCCAAAGGAACAGAAAACUACCUCUGAAUCUAAAUCUUUUAUUUGUUGCCAUGGAUUUUACGAAUGAUUACAACGACAUUUCUGGUUACAAUGACCUGUUUCUCGCAGUCCAUAAUGGAGACUUAAAUCUCGUUCAUUCUCUGCUCGAGAAAUAUUCGGCGACAGAAACUAUACGUGACAGGACGUUGCUGCAUGUUGCGGCUGCAAGAGGUCAUGCAGCGAUUGCAAAACUGUUCAUCCCUAAGCGAGACAGAAUUAGAGAUACACCACUGCAUCUGGCGAUUAGGGAGAAUCACCCUGAAGUAUUCAAUCUUCUUCUAGAGGAAAGUAACCUGAAUGCAAAAAAUUGCUGGAGCCAAUAUCCACUUCACUAUGCAGCCAUCUAUAAUCGCCCUGAAUUCGCAAAGGUACUGAUAGAUAAUGGCGCCAUUAUUAACGUUACUGAUCAUAAUUCACAAACGCCACUUGAUGUUGCCUUGGAGGAAGAAAACGUUAAAGUAGCAGAAGUUUUGUUUAAACUUGGUGCUGUUCUAAGUGACAACGAUUUAAAAUGUGAGGUAUCUCUUCGUUCCGCAGUUGGGAAAGGAAAUUUUGAAAUGGUAAAGCUGCUCAUGGCGAACGGAUGUAACAAAGUCGAUGUUCCAAAUGAUGAUGCUAUUUAUUCAAAAUCUUCUCUUAAACUCGCAGUAUCGUCCGGUCGUAUGGACAUUUUAGAAUAUCUCUUGAAGAAUGGGGUAAUAAACAGCGCUACAGUUAAUGCGGAUGAAUUACGUUUAUUUUCGGCAAUUAUUACGGGUUGUGGUAGUUUAACUACUUUCAAAUGUUUAGUCGAUCUUGGUUUUAAGACGGAAGAGGCAGAACGUAUAUUUUUUUGUUCAAUGGUUCAAAGUUUCCAUGACAUAUGGCGAUGUUUAUUGACAUGUUUCUCAAAGAUUAAUGCAAACACCAUUUUCAAAGAGAAGCAGCUUCAUGUUUCAAUUCGAAUGGGCCAAAUGAAAUCGGUUAAAGCAAUCGUAAACGAACCAGCAAGUGAAUAUAAAUCGGAUCCUUUUGCUAAAAAAUUAGCUGUUUACAUUGCUGCUGAAUGUGGCAAUGAUGAAAUAUUAGAUAUUCUUUUAAAAGCUGAUUAUCCUGUCGAUAGUUUAUUUAAGAAAACAAGUCCUUUACACGUUGCAGCAACAUUCGAGCACCCGAGAUUAGUAAAACUUUUCUUGGAAGCUGGAGUUGAUGUUAAUUUACAAAUUCAGUAUGGUCUAACGCCUUUACAUUUUGCAGCAUGUGCAGGGCAGCCAGCAGUAGUCAAAUUCCUCCUUGAAAAUGGUGCUGAUCCCUUCAUAUCCUGUACGUUUAGUGGUGCACCAUUACAAAUGUCCUUGAAACUAUCUUCACCCAUGUUUUCUUCCAGACCUAUUUCUCGAUCAGUGUUUGAGGGAUUGGUAAAAGUGACGGAGACGCUAUAUCGGUAUUCAAAAACCGAAGAUGUUAAAAACCUAGUUGGAGAUGCAGCUAGAAUAAGAGUUUCAAGUAUCAAUAAUUCAAAUCCAGAGUCAAAUGGACUACCAUCGGACCCAUGUGGUUCUGAAUUUCGUCCCGAAAUCGUUAGAUGCCUAUUUAAUUAUCUAAGUGAUGAAUUAGUUGAAUAUUCUUCAGACGAAGUGUUAGAUGAUCCGUUUCCAUUAGCACAUACACCAGAAUUGUUGCACCUUCUGAUAGAUUAUAAUGAUUCCAACUGGUGUUUUCGAAUCCGCAUAAGUGAUGAUGAGAUCAAUUACAAGUGCCAAUUGCUCCUAACUAGUUAUUCUAGAAACAUUGAUAAUCUUUUAAAUACCGCAGAGACCAUUAACUUGAAUAUGGAUGAUUGCAAAAAGGCCCACAUAGAGGGUAAAAUAGCUUUUUUAAAGCUGAUAGUAUCGCGAGUAGUACUGUUAACCUCAAAUUGUUAUCAACCUUUGAUUGCAUUUUGUUCAAAGAAUGAUUUUAAUGAUUGGCGAAAUAAGUGUUUAAAGGAGAAAAGGAUAAUGCAAAGGACGAAAGUUGGUAAAAAUCUGAAAUUCACUUUCUAUGAUAUAUUGACGAAAUCAAUUGAUAAAGUUACGAUGUACACGAGCAACAAUGACUUUUCAAAAGCAAUCGAAUCUUCUAAUAAAAAAUUUCCGAUAUAUGCUGAUUUUUUGAAAUCAAUUCUCGAAAUAGCAGAAAGAAGAAGAAAUUUCAUCAACGACUGCGUUAGUUUAAUGUUUGAUUUGGUUCAAAACCGUCAGAAAAUUCGAAUUUCAAGAGCUGAAAUCAAUCAGAUUUUCAAAUAUCUCUCAAUUGUAGAUUUGAGAAGAUUUUCAGCGGCUUGUUCCUAAAAUGUAAUUUUAAUACAUUUAAAGCAAAGAUCAGUUUUUAUGUAUAAUUUGUUAUUCAUUUUCCUUCUAUGGUGAAAAAAUUAAUGUAAUAAUAUUAAUGUUCAUUAAUGUAAUAGAAUAUAAUUUAAAUUUUAUAAAUAAGUAUUAAGAUCACGUUAAUUUCACACUAUAAAUUUAAAGAUGUAUAUUGAAAUUACACCGUUAACUAAGCUUUAUGCUUUAAAACAAUGUUUGUACGUCGGUAUAUUUACAUUAACAAUCUGAACGUUUUUUAAAAGUUUGUUUAAAAUAUUUUAAUAAUAUGACAUUGAAUCAAAAAUAAGCUUUUUUAUCCCUCAGUGAGGCCUUUAUUUUUAUAUUCACUUAUGAGAACCUGUAAAUAAUAAUACGUUUUAUAAAGUACUUAAUACCUUAAAA